UUUUAAACACAGUAAAAUCGAAUCUCCUCUCCUCUCUGUUCAUCUACGGUCCCUUCGAUUUCGAACAUAGAAAAUAUUUACUCCAGAUUUGUGUUCUUCGUCUUCAGCUAGGGUUUAGGAUUUUUGUUGUUGAUCUUGGAAUUCGAUGGGGCAGCAGUCGCUGAUCUACAGUUUCGUGGCUCGAGGCACGGUGAUUUUGGCGGAGUACACGGAGUUCACCGGAAACUUCACCAGUAUAGCGGCGCAGUGUCUUCAGAAGCUCCCUUCCUCCAACAACAAGUUCACUUACAACUGUGACGGCCACACCUUCAAUUACCUCGUCGAUGACGGCUUCAGUAUCGUCCUCUCUCUCUCUCUCUCUUACUGUGUUGUUGCGGUUGAGUCUGUCGGUCGACAGCUUCCAAUUGCCUUUCUUGAGCGAGUCAAGGAAGAGUUUACCAAAAGAUAUGGUGGGGGAAAAGCUGAUACCGCAACUGCAAACAGUCUGAACAAGGAAUUCGCGUCUAAGAUGAAGGAGCAAAUGCAAUACUGUGUGGAUCACCCGGACGAGAUUAACAAGUUGGCUAAAGUCAAAGCUCAGGUUUCUGAGGUGAAAGGAGUUAUGAUGGAGAACAUUGAGAAGGUUCUUGAUCGUGGGGAAAAAAUCGAGAUUCUGGUAGACAAGACGGAAAAUCUCCGAUCUCAGGCACAAGACUUCAGGCAACAGGGCACGAAGCUGAGAAGGAACAUGUGGCUCCAGAACAUGAAGAUAAAGCUUAUAGUUCUCGGCAUCCUCAUCGCCCUCAUUCUCAUCAUCGUUCUAUCCGUUUGUGGUGGCUUCAAAUGCUGAACCAAGACGACAUCAGAUUCUUGUUCGGGUAACGGAUAGAAGCUUCCGUUUUAUUCAACGGGCUACAUAUCAUCAUUCUCGACAUCAUAAUGGUCUCCGCUUCUUGUAUAGUAUGAGCUCCCGAAUUCUUUGGUUGCUAUUCUGGUAAAUCUCUACGAUGCUUGCAUUUGUUGUGGUGACGUGAAACUCGAAUCUUGAUUUCCUUUUGUUACCCCAUAUAUAUUAUGUCACUGAGAUGUCGGUCGUGUUUGCGAUGAGAUUUUGUAUUUGGAUUUGGAA